AAUUAACAACAUUAAUUAUUACCAUUCGUCUCAUUAAUCAACGAAAAUUUUAUACGGUUUUUCAUUCAUUUGUUAAACAAAAUUGUGCAUUUACUAAAUAAAAAAUGGUGAAAUUAAUCCUGGCUAUUUGUCUGUUGUCGGUUUUUGGUGGAGUGCUUUGUGUACAAGCAGAAGACGAGAUUAAUCUGCAGGAGGUUGUUGACAAAUUACCAGAAGAUCUGGUCGGAAAAUUGAACAUUUCAGCACUUCCUUCGACAGAGGAAGCGGAAAAACUGGCCAGAGAAAAAUGCAGAAAGGAAAGUGGAAGCGACGAUGCUUACAAUAAAGCUUUUGCCGCCAAAGAUGAGCUAAAGACUUGUUUUACAUCUUUGCUGAAUACGGAGGAGCUUAAACAGGAGAUGGAAAAGGCUAAACCGACAGGAGAUUUAGAUUUAGUUUUUAAAAAGUAGGUAUAUGAUACAGUU